AUGAUGAGAUCCUUUUUGUCGGAAUUCCACUAUACCGCUGGUGCUACCUAUGAAAUAACUCAUGCUGAAUCAAAGAAGGUUCUCGAUAUCUGUUGCGGUGAUACAGAUUCGAGAACUAAUGUUAUAAUUUACGAAGCACACCAUGGUCAAAAUCAACGUUGGAGUAUCUGUAUCAAUGGAGAUGGCACCGUUAAAAUAAUUAAUCCACGCAGUGGUAAAGCCUUGGAUGUUGAUAGAGGUGGCAAGGCUAAUACGGUUGCUGGCACUAACGUUCAAAUCUGGGCUGACAAUGGUUCAAAUGCUCAAAAAUGA